GAUCACAAAUCAUCUUUUUGAAUCUGAUGAAGUUUCGAUAUCAGAAAGGGAAAACAACUCUCUGUAUCCAAUCUCAAGAGUAACAACCUCAACACACUCUUGUUCUCUUUGUUCGCGUUGAAUGAACACUGUGAUUUUCUGAAUCUGAAGUGAAGUGAAGGCAUGGCUGAUAGCGAUAGUGAUAACAAUAGAGCUAAACUUAGAACACGCCCAAUCGUGCGGUUAGGGCUCUUUCUUAUCUCUCACAGUACUUUCGUCAGUGUCGUUUGUUUCAUUGCAGGGAUCGUGGCUCUUCUUCUUCUCCCUGUCCUCGCCAAGAACAUCUACAUUUCCGAAAAUGCCCUCAUGCCAGGUUCUGCAAAAAACAUGCUCUCUUCUCACGAUGUCUCUGAUGCAAUUAAAUUCAUCAACGACUUAACUGAUUUCGAGUUCAGGUCCAAAGGCUCAUCCAUUGAAAGUCAUGAACUCAUUGCACAAUAUAUGUCAGGCUUGGAUGCUGAAGUUGCUUAUCACAAGUUCUACCCUCAAUUGGAUCAGUUCAAUCCACUGCACUUUUUUACCAGUCCUGAUUCAGGUAUAAUCUCAAAAAAUACAAGUUGUUCAUCGCUCGGAAUCAAUACUGUUGGAAUUAUUAGAGCGCCAAGAGGGGAUGGCAAGGAAGCUAUUGUCUUGGUAACGCCUUACAAUCCGAAGAAAAUUGAUCCGGGGGAAGCUUUGUCUUUGGGCAUUGCAUACUCGGUAUUCUCACUGCUUUCACGGGUUACUUGGCUGGCAAAGGAUAUCAUAUGGCUUGUGGCUGAUUCACAAUAUGGAGAAUAUUCCGCAGUGGCUGCUUGGCUAAGAGAAUAUCAGGCCCCUGUUUUCUAUGGAGUUGACAUAGGUAAUAGUGAAACAUGUAAUGAUAACAACACCAUUAAUGAAUUUGGACAGAAUCUUUAUUUGGAUAGAAAGUUAUAUGGUGGUUUUAGACGUGCUGGAACUAUGGCUGCAGCUCUUGUAAUUAAAGUUGCAGAGCAAGCUAACCAUUUAGAAGACAGUCUUAAUAUUUAUGCUGAGGCGUCCAAUGGGCAGAUGCCAAACCUCGACCUCAUCAAUAUUGUAAAUUAUCUAGCAGUGCAUAAACAAGGUUUGCGGAUAAAAGUGAAGAAGAUGUGGUCUCUAAUUGGCUCCAGGUGGCUCAAUACUUUGGGUGUUGUAUUUGAAUCUCUGGGAAAAAUCGCUAGAAGCUUAAAUCCUCAGUGGAAAUUUGGUAUUCCCGCUACUGAGUAUGUUGAGGGCACUGCUACACUGGCAAGUUCAUUGUAUUACCAGGGUAUGGGUGUUCCUACCGGUCCUCAUGGUGCCUUCCGUGAUUAUCAAGUUGAUGCAAUCACUCUGGAAAUUUCACCAAAAGUUUCUCUUACUAAUAAAAUGAUCAGGCGUAAUGAAUUUAUUCUCCUGGGUGGAAGGUUGAUUGAAGGAGUCAUACUCUCAAUAAACAACCUUCUUGAGAAGUUUCAUCAGUCAUUCUUUUUGUAUCUUUUGACAUCCCCUGGUAAGUUUGUGUCAGUUGGAGUUUACAUGAUUCCAUUUGCGUUACUUGUUGCACCACUUCCAAUAGUUGCGGCAUCUCUCCAUGCUGAUGCUAAUAAAUCCACUCUCCAAGCCACAUCUGCCUUUGAAGUUGAUGUCAGCCGUGAAUCUUGGGAAUGGCUGAACUCGGCUAGAAAGGUUUUGGUCUUUCAUUUAUGGGGUGCUGUUGUCUCCUUACUCCCAUAUUUCUUAUGUCGAAUACCCAAUACCACGCCAACAAUAAACUUUAUAGUGUGGGGUUUGCUAUCAGCUUUUAGCCUCAUAGUUUUAUACUUGAUAUUGGGUUCUCCAGUUUUUGAAGAUGCUGCGUCUCAACCUGAGAAAAGCGAGUGGGCUAGCUUAAAGUCUGUAACUAUAUCAACUGCUUUCAUUGGUUUGUCUCUCAUGUCAGUUAUUAACUUUGCUACAGCAGAAAUUGGGGCUUUACUUAUUGUCCCAAUUUGUUUGAUGGCUCGACCAUUGAAGCUUGAUACUAAAGCUAGGAGUUUGAGAACCUUACUAAGGGCCACUUGUAACCUUGCUUUAGGUUUUAUUGGGUUUCCUCCAGUUGCAUAUAUGUUACUGAAAGCUGCAUUUGAAGAUUUUCAUGGUAUUAAUGUUGGUGACUAUUGGAACUGGGUCGAAUCCCUUUGGGCGUGGAACAGUGCUACUUACCUCUAUGUAGGUAUUGUUCACCUACCAUGCUGGGCACUGUGCAUUCACAUUUUAUUUCAUCAUUGUUGACAUGUACUAUUAUUUUUUUUGGAGAUAAUGUACUAUUAGUUAG